GUCGUGGACAUGUCAUUGAGCUUGGCAGGACAUCUGGGCUGUUGAUGAUACGGCAUGAUUGAAGCUCACAGCUAGCCGCUGUUUGACGUGCCAUCAAGCAUGAGAAGACAUUGCGGGUUUGGGAUUUGGGUUAGAGAGCAUAUAGGUAUGUAGUAGCUUUCAGUAGGACAUGGCUCCCGUUUCAGUGAAUCUGGCCGAUUGUCCAUGGCCCAUGGGAUGGCGCGGCCAGAAUUAAGAAGCAUUUAUUAGUCAGGAGAAAUAUUUGACCACACUCUAUAGUUUUGUUGAAACAAUUGAACUCUUCGGAAUAAUAAUAUAAUCACAUAACAGUGAGUUUGUCCGGUUCAUUGUCACUCCAAGAUUACUAACUUAUUAAUCUUUGGGGACUAUUCUGGAUCAUUCCAAGAUUCCAGAAGUGAAACAAGUUAGUGAAGAUCGUGGUGGCUCAACUUUUCCUUCGAUGUCCCUCCUAAACUAAAAGUCUUUGCGUGGAAGUUUGCUUCUAAUUCUCUUGGGGUGCAAGACCUUAGAUGCAGAAGAAACAUGGAACUGAAUCCAACCUGUACUAUAUGUGGCAGAGAACCAGAGAUGGUGCACCACGAUGUGAUUACCUGCAAUAAACCUACUACUCUGAGACAGCAGCUCAGAAAACCUUGGUCUCUCCCAAAUGAAGAUAUGUUCAAAUGCACCGGCUAAUUCCCAGGAAGCGGCUACAGAUGCUAAAGGGAAGAAAUGUCUCAUGCCCCCGACUGCUGAGACCUCAAAGAAGAGAGAAUGUACUCAAGCUUGGACAAAACCAAACCCAGGCUGGCUAAAAAUGAAUGUUGACGCAGGGUUAUGUGCGCAAAAUAACACUGGAUCCUGGGGUGCCAUUUUGAGGGAUGCGGAAGGGAAUGUCAUCCUCUCAGCCUGGGGUUUUCUUCAACACUGCCUUGAUGUCACUACUGCUGAAUGCAUUGCUAUGUUGGAAGGUGCUAAGGCGAUCGUGGCUUAUACCCCUUCUAGUGUCAUCGUGGAAGGAGACAAUGCGCUAGUGAUCAAUGAAUUGAAGCUUGAAGGACCAGGCAAAUCAAUGCUCUCCAACAUAUUUGCUGAAACGAAGACCACUCUCCAAAUGCUCCCAGGUUUUGAGAUCAGAAAAAUUAACAGAUCUGCUAAUGUAGCAGCGCAUGGCAUAGCUAAAUUUGCUAGUUUAGUUGGUUCUGGAGGUUUGUUACUGGGUUCUGUUCCUCCCUGCGGAUCAGACUCAGAUUGAUUGUAAGCAUAUUGGUAUGUCAAACGACGUGUCCUGAGUAAUACAAGUCCCAUAUUAAAAAAAAAAAGUGAAGAUCGCGGUGGCAGCAAAGUCUUCCCCACCGCCCAUUUUUCCACAGUAAAAAGACGAAGAAUUUCACUAUCCAUUGCAAACCCAACCCAUCACGGCACGGCGCCUGAAAAAGAACUACC